CGCUCCGAGGUUCUUCGUGACCUACUACCCCCUCCGCUUGUAAUGGGUGGGCCCGGAAGGGCGGGCUCAUGGAAGUUGCGCAGGCGCAGUGGGGCCGGCAGCAUGGCGUCCAGGCCCAAGCGGCGUGCCUUGGACGGCGGGUUUUCGGUUCCGCGCGAUGAGGACGAGGAUGAUGAACUCGAGGAUGAGGACGAAGACAAUGAAGACAGUGACGAAGAGGAGGAUGAAGACGACGAGGUCGUCAAUGAGGAAGUGAAUAUUGAAUUCGAAGCUUAUUCUAUCUCAGAUAACGAUUACGACGGAAUUAAGAAAUUACUGCAGCAGCUUUUCCUAAAAGCUCCUGUGAACACUGCAGAACUAACAGAUCUCUUAAUUCAACAGAACCAUAUCGGGAGUGUGAUUAAGCAAACGGAUGUUUCAGAAGACAGCGAUGACGAUGUGGAUGAAGAUGGGAUUUUUGGCUUCAUAAGCCUUUUAAAUUUAACUGAAAGGAAGGGUACCCCGUUUGCUGAACAAAUUAAAGAGUUUAUUUUACGCCUCUGCGAGAAGAACUGUGAAAAGAAUAUGGUUGAACAGCUGGACAAGCUUUUCAAUGAUGCCACCAGGCCUGUGGGCUUUCUGCUGAGUGAAAGAUUCAUUAACAUUCCUGCACAGAUAGCGCUGCCCAUGCACCAACAGCUUCAGAAAGAACUAGCAGAGGCGCACAAAACGAACAAGCCAUGUGGGAAGUGUUCCUUCUACCUUCUGAUUAGCAAGACGUUUGUGGAAGCAGGAAAAAGCAAUUCCAAAAAGAAACUGAGCAGCCAAAAGAAAGAUGAGUUAAUGUUUGCAAAUGCAGAAGAAGAAUUUUUCUAUGAGCAGCUAGGAGCUAGUAACACAGUGAGAGUGGGGAGGAGGUGAUUACCAUGCUGACGACAUGCUUACUGUGAGAUCUUUAUUCUCAAACCGCUCUGGGAGGUGAACAUCAGCCUGUGUGCACAGAUGGGGGACGUUGAGUCCAAGGGAGCUUGGAGCCACUAUCUGGUCGGUGUGGAGGACGGGGUGGACCCUGCUCUCCCGGUGCUGGCUAAUGUGCCGCCCUGUGCCCUUAGUCCUGGAGGCCACCCCAUUGGUGGGAUUUCUAGCACUUUCUCCCUGUAAAAGCUUGUGCUGUGACGGACAACCAGAUAGCAGAGCAUGUUACUUUCUUAUGCUGCCUUCCUCUCAAAAAUGUUAAAUACAUCUCUGAGGAGGACAUAUUUUCCUGGAUUGGAUGAUAUCACUUAUUUUAAGGUGUCCACUAAAGACUAAAGCACUAUACAUUCAGCUCUGCCCUUGUU